UGACGGGCACGCGCACUGUCAAAGAUGCGCAACAUCCCACUGUCCUUUCGCAUCACAUCGACAUCACUGCGCUUCUGACAGAAAAUCGAGCUGUCACUCUCCCGUGUCCAUCGUAUCUUCAACCAAAACGUGUCAGCUCGAAGUCUAGCCAGCGACUAUGUCAUGCCAAAUGGUUAACAAACGCUCGCCUGCCAUAAUAAAUACGAGAGGAGAAGUCACUGUCGGAUUGAGGUGGAUUAGACCAGUUGAAGUCACUUGCACAAGACAUCAACUCUCUGGUUUUCCGACGAUGAAGCGACCCAAGAAGGAACAAUAAGAUGUGAGCGAUUCAUGGCUUUGUUAGAAAUGUUGAAUUGUGGCAACCCAAUUCAGCGACUGACAUGAACAAAAUAAUUUGUCUGGGAAGCUGAUGCCACGGUUCCAUAUGCAGAGAAGCCUUUAGACCCGACAAGUGGCGCAUGCACCCUACUAGAGCGUUUGGCCAGUAACCGAAAGGUUGCUGGAUCGAAUCCCCGAGCUGACAAGGUAAAAAUCUGUCGUUCUGCCCCUGAGCAAGGCAGUUAACCCACUGUUCCCCGGGCGCCGAAGACGUGGAUAUCGAUUAAGAAAGCCCCCCGCACCUCUCUGAUUCAGAGGGGUUGGGUUAAAUGCGGAAGACACAUUUCAGUUUAAUACGUUCAGUUGGACAACUGACUAUGUAUCCCACUUUCCCUCAUAGGCUACCGAAAUGAGAAGACAGUAGACUGUUCAGGAAUGCGCUCAUUGGGAUUUGGCAUGUAUUUAACGCAGCAGAGAACUUUGCUUUAAUCGACGUACUUGUAUCAUGAUAUAAUAAUAGUUAUCCUAGGAACAUGGACAAAUCAUGCACAAGCUUUCCCUGAUGCGAUACUCUUCAAGUUCUCUUCAGAAUUGGAGCCAACCAUAUCGACACCGACAAAAAUUAAAGUUUGGACUGUGUGUUAAACCAGAACCGACAACCAAUUUCACGGGAACACCGCAUCAAUUUUAAAGCAUCUUCACAGACUCGCAUAGCGAGUCUGUGAGCAGGUGAGUGCGGGACCCUGUCUGCCCCACUGUCCAGCGACAUAAUGAGCUGGAGCUUCCUCACGCGGCUGCUGGAGGAGAUCCACAACCACUCCACCUUCGUGGGGAAGCUGUGGCUCACCGUGCUUGUCGUCUUCCGCAUCGUCCUCACCGCCGUCGGGGGAGAGUCCAUCUACUAUGACGAGCAGAGCAAGUUCAUCUGCAACUCGGGCCAGCCGGGCUGCGAGAAUGUCUGCUACGACGCCUUCGCGCCGCUAUCGCACGUCCGCUUCUGGGUCUUCCAGAUCAUCCUGGUGGCUAUGCCAUCUCUAAUGUACAUGGGCUACGCCGUCAACAAGAUCGCCCGGCUGGACGAGGACAAGGGCGGGGGAGGGUUGGCUACUGAGACAGGGGGAGGGGAUGGAGGUGGCUACACCCACCGGAGGCCCAGGAAGAUCUGCUUCGGGGCGCGGCAGCACCGGGGUAUAGAGGAGGACCAGGACCAGGACCAAGAGGAUGACCCUAUGAUCUACGAGGUGCCUGAGCCCGAGCCCCCUCGCCGGGUCGACCCGCUGGCCCCGCGGCCCAAGCCCAAGGUACGCCAUGACGGGCGGCGGCGUAUCCAGGGUGACGGGCUGAUGCGUAUCUACGUGCUGCAGCUGGUGACUCGCACGGCGUUGGAGGCAGGCUUCCUGGCGGGCCAGUACCUGCUGUACGGCUUCCGUGUGAUUCCCGUGUUCGUGUGCUCCUUCGAGCCCUGCCCCCACAGCGUGGACUGCUUCGUGUCGCGGCCCACGGAGAAGACCAUCUUCCUGCGCAUCAUGUACGGCGUCACGGUGCUCUGCCUCACCCUCAACGUGUGGGAGAUGCUGCACCUGGGCAUCGGGACCAUCUGUGACAUCAUCCGCCGUCGCCGCUGCCCACCCCAGGAGGACGAGUACCAGCUGGGGCUGCUGGGACCCAGCGUGGGGGUCUCCGUGGGGGUGCCCGGGCCGGAGCCGGGCGCAGGGGGAGGGGUGGUGGGGGAUGGGGGUGCUGAGUACGUGGGGUACCCGUUCUCGUGGAACGCCCCGUCAGCUCCGCCGGGCUACAACAUCGUGGUGAAGCCGGAACAGAUCCCUUACACGGACUUGAGCAAUGCCAAGAUGGCGUGCAAGCAGAACCGGGCCAACAUCGCCCAGGAGGAGCAGCAGCAGUUUGGAAGCAACGAGGAUAAUUUCCCCACGGGAGGGGAGGCCCGCGUGGCCCUCAACAAGGACAUGAUCCUGCAUGCCCAUGACCAGCUAGAGGCAGCCAUCCAGGCCUACAGCCAGCAGCACAGGGCAGAGGAACACCUGGGGGACAACCAUGAUGACAAGCCCCGAAGCAACAUCACCCAGGCCCAGCCUCAGCCGCAGCCUCAGCCUCACAAGGAGCGCAAGCACCGAUUCAAACACGGCAAGGGGGGCAGCAGUGGCGAAGGGACUGGAAGCAGCAGCAACAGCAGUAGUAGCAAGUCAGGGGUGGGCAAGCCUUCUGUGUGGAUUUGACCCCGUACACACACAAAUAGACAAACACACACACACACACUCCAGCCCUGGCCUGAGCCAGCACUGACGGAGCCCCAUAUCCGUGUAGUGUAUGUGUCAGUGAGGGAAGGGGUGGUCCCGAAAACACCAGCGCCAGCCCUGAAUGGAGGGCUGAGGUAGUGGGAUGUCAUGCUGUCUUUCUGUGGAUAUUUCAACACCAUGUUGUGCCUUUAAAAAUCCCACAAGCUGGAGGAGACUAGCCUACAGUAGUAAUAUGUCAGUGUGGACAGGUGAGGAGAGGUGUGUCAAGAGCAUUGGUGAUUUAUCAGCAGUUUGUCUUGCUUGUUUCUGUCUAACCUACAAGACCCCGACACAACUCUCUGAAACAGUCUCGAGUGUUUCUGAACUCUUCCAGUUCUGAAGCAGACACUUGUUCUCUGUUGUCUUCCUACUGUCCAGUCUUCCAGGUAGCCUGACGACUCACACUAAAUGAUUCUGUAGUUCGCUGCAUACUUUAGUCUGAGCCUGCCAUCAUUGAAGUCGUUUGUGGUGACGAAGGGCACGUGGGGCAAUGUACAAAACAAAGUCAUCAGCGAUUGGAUCCUCUCUAACCAAUCAGAGUCCAUGAGGAAUUUUCAAACUGCCGCUUUACCCACGUGUGUUCUGGCUCUGGUCCAACCCAUCGGUUUCUGGACCAAUCAGAUGGCCUCGAAUGUGUUGGCAUUCGGUGAAGGGUCAGAUCCAGACUCAUUGAGGAGAAGAAACUAACGUCUGUGGGCGUGGUGUAGCGUUUGGCCGGAGCAAGGAUUCUGGGCAGCCAGGCAAGUCUUCCAGAGGAUAUUGGGCUGAGAAAAUUACUAAAUUGUUAUCACCAUCUCUUUUCUGAUCCAUUUAUUUCUGAUCCAUUUAUUUAUAUCCUGUCCAUUCUCUUGGUGAUCCUGAUUUCCAUUCCAGAUUUCGAUCAAGAUAAUCUGCUGGCUGACUUUCUGCAAAGUCACUGACUUCAUAAUACAUUGGCAUCAGAAUGAAUCGACAUCGUAAUGCAAUGGCAUCAUAAUGCAAUGAAUGACAUCGCAAUACAAAAACCGUAUAAAACAAUGACUUUAUAAUGCAAUGACAUCAUAAUGCAAUGAAUGACAUUGUAAUACAAAGACAGUAUAAAACAAUGGCUUUAUAAUGCAAUGGCAUCAUAAUGCAAUGAAUGACAUCAUAAUACAAAGACAGUAUAAAACAAUGACUUUAUAAUGCAUUGACAUCAUUAUGCAAUGAAUGGCAUUGUAAUACAAAGACAGUAUAAAACAAUGACUUUAUAAUGACAUCAUAAUGCAAUGAAUGACAUCAUAAUACAAAGACAGUAUAAAACAAUGACUUUUAAUGCAAUGACAUCAUAAUGCAAUGACAUCAUGAUGCAAUGGCUUCAGAAUGCAGGGAUAAUAAUGAAAAGGUCAAUCACAAUGUCGAUGUUCAAAUUCCCUGAAGGCUAUUGUCUGUCUAUUUUCUCUCCAAGGUCACUGAUGUUUAAUGUGUGUGUGACUUUAUAUUUGACCCAUGCCAAGUCUUUGAGUGCAUGCAUCUUCCAGGUGGAGGGACUGUUCAUGGCUUGAUCAGAUGAAAGUGGUCAGGGAGAUGGUUGAUGGAGACAGUCUGGUGAAGAGGGCUACUCUUGUAGCCACUGGAGUUCCCCCUCCUUCACAAUGUUUAUGAGAAGCAAUUAUUCUCACCAUUAAUUGAUACCAUUUAUUGACAACUCCCUGUGUAAACCUGCACUCUUUUCACUUUAUUUUCUCUGUGUUUCUCCGUCUCUAGUUCUCUCCAGUUUGGACCUGUGUAAGGUUCUCUCAGUACUGGGUUGACAUGUUAUCUGUCUGGUUAUUGAGUGCCCCCUGGUGGUACAGCUUUUAAACUAAGGAUUUAUCAUCCCCUUAGUACAAUAUUACUUACUUUCAUUUGGUGUUUUACUAGUACUAACUAAUGUCGAGUUACCAAUGAUCACCCAGCAUUCCAAACACCUGAAGUUAGUCUCUCCAGUUACACUGUAGCCUACUGUUUCCUUUUCAACCUCUUCCUACCAAGAGUCUUCCUUACAGUGUUCUAUAUGAGACCAACAAGGCUGGAAUACAAACAGCUCUCUAAGCUAGCCGUGUUGAUGAAGAUCUGCCUCUCUGUUCUCCUCUGUCCAAGUAUUUCUCUGAACUGCCAUAUAGGCUGCGUCCCAAAUAGCACCCUAUUCCCUAUGGGCCCUGGUCAAAAGUACUGCAAUAUAUAGGGAAUAGGGUGCCAUUUGGGAUGAAGCUGUAGAGACCAAACACUGUUAGUGUGAUGACGGCAGCGUCACUGCCAUUGCCAAGACGACGUCAUGUAGCUUUGCCAAGGAAUACUGUGGCCAUGCUACCUGAAUCACAAAGGAGAAGAACCUGUGUGCUGUAUGUGAGACCAAUCCUUUGUAUUUUUUGUAAAAGUCGCUCUUUUUUCUAUUAUGUGUAAGUGUGUUUUGGUGUGUUUUGGGAGGUCUAAGUUAAAUUGGUUUCUGUUUGUUUUUUUUUUGUUUUUUUGACCAGUGGUGUUUUUCAAACAAUUUUUUUUUCUUCAAUAAUGAUUUUUAAAAUAAACAAUAAAGAUUGUUUUUACAGAUAAUUUCUUCGAGAUUUUUUUUUCUUUCAUUGCCUUCAAAUUGGACAAAUAAUAUAUUUUUUAUAGGUACAAUAGUUGUGUAUCAUGUUGUUGAUGUGUAAAAUAAAAACUGUAAUUGCCAAAUGUA